GUUUCACAUAAUAUAAUAUAUAUAGAAACAUAUAUUAUAUAUAGAAGUCUAUGGUCUCAACAAUCAGCUGUUAAGGUACCUGAAAAGGUACCUUUACCUAGACCUAUUCUAACCUAUCUUUACGUAACUUUGCAUGUCACGUGUCAAGGCACUGAUUUUUGAAAAAAAACCGCGAUAGUUAUGCGUAAUGUUUCGUAGCAAUUAAUAGCAGUGCAGAAGUGCGUGAUACGAAGCAAUAAUGAUUAAAAUGAAGUUGCUAACAUGUACAUAUUUAUUUUGCACAACGAUCGCAAUCGCAUCAUCAAUAAAUAAAAUUUUUAUCAACGCGAUACACCCUAUCGUACCUAAUUUAGUUAGAACAUCGAAUCAAGAUGAUUUAUUACAUCUUUACGAGUCCUCGCAAGACCCGGAAGUCCGUCCUGGUUUAUUUGAAGGAGAUAUAGCCGUGACUAGCGAGUAUUUCAAUCAUUGGCGUGUUGGUUUACGUUGGGAUGUUUUCCCAGAUAAACUGUGGCAAAAUAGAACAGUUCCUUAUGUAAUUAGCACUCUAUAUGAUGUUACAGAUUAUGUGAAAAUAUAUAAAGCAAUCACAUAUAUAAAUUAUAUGACAUGCAUCAAAUUUAUUCCAUGGGAUGGUAAAGCCAAGGAUUUCUUGCUGAUUUGGCCAGUAAUGCAUCCUAAAGGAUGUUGGUCAUUCGUGGGUAAAUUCGGUGGAACCCAAAUCCUCUCCCUGGAACCACCAGACGAAAAAGGACCGAAUUGCUUGGAAAAUGAAGGAAGAGCUAUACACGAGUUGAUGCAUGCCCUCGGUAUUUUCCACGAGCACAGUCGUUCCGAUAGAGACACGUAUAUAAAUGUACAUUAUGAGAAUAUUAUACCUGGAUUUCGAUCGAACUUCAACAAACAAUCACCGGAGAAUGCGACGUAUAGCUACGAAUAUGGAUACGACAGCAUAAUGCAUUACGGUAAUUAUUUUUUUAGUAUAGAUCCUAUGAAACCAACUCUGACACCGAAAACGCCUGGUGUCACGAUCGGUCAACGAAAAGCGAUGAGUAAAACAGAUUGCUUGAAACUGAAUAAGCUUUAUGGAUGUUUGAAUAAACCAGAAGAAGCGCGAAUAUAUCAAAGUAUCUGCAAAACAUUGGGAUUGUAGGCUACAUUACUGACAAAAUCAUUUCUAGAGAUACUAACAUUUGGUAAUAAAAGACUGAACUUAUAUAAAUUCUAGUUUAUUAAAUUUAUCAAAACUUACAUUAAUAUUCAAUGUCAUACAGUAAUGCAAUCAUUGAUUGCAAAAUAGUUUAAAAUUAUUUUACAUUACUGACUCUCUGUUAUCUCACACAUUUUUGUAUCGAGUUUUAAAGUUUUUUUAUUCCAAGUUCUUCUGACAUCAUUUUUGCAAAGUAUUUUAUCUUUCUUCUGGUAUGCUUCUCAUUACAUUGACAUUAUAUUGUCACAAGACUAUAUAGUUCAUCUCUAUAAUUGUCAUUAUAAUGUUACCAUAUCUGGAUUGUUAACCUCCAAUAACAGCUUUUGCAAUCUGAAAUUUACAUACAGAAACAUAGAUAUUAGGAUUUCAAGAUAUGUAUAGUUAUGAAAAAGAAAACUAAUUUAAAAAGUCAGUUCUUCUUAGAGGAAAAUGGGUUUAAUAUCAUAAUUAUAUCAUAUACUAAUAUCAUCAUAUUAUGAACUUUUAAUAAUUUACUUUUAAGAAAGUUAUAAUUUAUAAAACACUUACUUAUUUAAAUUGUGCAAUUUUCCAUUUGCAACAUAUUUAAUGAUAUUUAUAUUUUCUGGAAGCUUCUUUAAUGUAACGAUUUAUUUCCCAUUUUUGAUAUUACUGAAUUCUUAAUAUCCAGUCUUUUUCUUCAUGUUGGAAAAUAUCCAAAAGUUGCAUGAACUGUAUGAUCGAUAGCCCAAGCAUAUUUUAUCAAUGUCAUGCAACACUUGGCGAGUCUAUCCAAUGAUUCAAAGCCUGGCAUUUUUCUAAUUGAAACUCUUCUUAUCUUUGAGAUCAUUUUUUACUUAUUGUUCUCUUCAGAUUCAUAUGCAAAAUAUUUCAUUUAAAGUUUAUCUUUUAUAUCUUGUCUAAUCCGACCUGAAAUCAUUUUAAAAAUGUCAUAUAGUUUCUACGUACUACAAGAAUACAUAUCAGUAUUUAAGAAUUAAAGAAUUAUUGGGAACUUAGAGAAACGGUUCCAGACAGUAUCGUGUGGAUUCCGAAGGCAAAUUCCCCUUUUACUUUACCUCCCACAAGCAUUCAUGCUCCGUUGAGAUACAACACGGAGGCAUGCCAAAAUGAGAGGAUAAUUUUGGAGCAACUUUAGCUAACUUAUUAAAAUAUUCGAUACGUUUGUACACGUGGAAAAAUCAAUUCUGAUGGUGGCUCACGAUUCAUGGAUUUUUUAUACGUGAUCAUAUAGGACCAACAAAAAAUACAUUAAUUUCCCAAAUUCAUAAAACACAACGUUGCAAGUUGCCACGUUUAUUAUAAAACAUGAAGAAAUAUAUUCUAUUCACAAAUGCUGAAUUAUCAAGAUGAGACGCUACAUUAAUAAAGAUCCACGUGGACAAACGAAACGUGAAAAAAAUAAUAAUUACAAAUAAUAAUUCGCAAUAAAUCACUGAUAAAGCGAAGCAACUUUAAAAAUGUGUUCAGUUAGAUAAAAUGAGUAUUCUCGAAUUAUAUAUAUGUGAAAAAGAAAAAUGAAACGAGAAAGACAUCUUACUCACAUCGCUGCUAAU